CUGAAGACUGUUUAUCUGGAUUUCCUUGCGUUGUAUGUGGGUUGAGCCAGGGACUUGAGUUUUGUGAAACAGCUGUGGCCCUUGGCACGUUCCUGUCUGGUUUUCAGAACUCGGUCCUACGUAUUAGCUUUGUGGCGUCUUCCGUGGUAGCAGAGAAUUCUUUUGUGGGACACUACACACAUCCAGGUGUUCAGAUAUGUCGUGGUUCUUUUUUACACAAAUGUUAUAUUGUGUGAUGUGUUUCACAGGACACGAGGAGUCGCCUCAAGAGGAAUCAGAUUUUCUUCAGGAGCUGACCGACAUUCAGGGAGAGAAGAAAGGAGUUCCAGUGAGAUAUUGAAAGGGAACAUCCUUGCCUUGUUCACAAUCUUAAAGCAUUCAGUCUUUCACCUUUAAAAUAUAAUGUUAGAUGUAUGUCAUUUUGUAGAUUCUCUGAAUCAGAUUAAGGAAGUUUCCUUCUGUUCUGAGGUUGCUGAGGGUUUGGGUUUUUUUUUUUUUAAAUCAUGAAUGGAUGUUGAAUUUUUUUUUUUUUUUUUUCGGUACGCGGGCCUCUCACUGUUGUGGCCUCUCCUGUUUCGGAGCGCAGGCUCGGGAUGCGCAGGCUCAACCACUGUGCCACCAGGGAAGCCCCUGGAUGUUGAAUUUUGUCAGAUGCUUUUCUGCAUUUAUUGAGAGUAAGAAAGUUAGUCUGAGUUCUGUGAAAAAUCAGAGAAGAACUAAGGAUAGUAAACAAGGACUUUCCAAUUUGCAUAAUAUUUCCUUCAUGGAUACAUUUUCAUAGCAUUAUUAUGUGAUGUGAGAAGUUUUUUUUUUUUUUUUUUUUUUUUUGAAGUAACAUGGAUUUUAUACUACAGAAUCAAGAGAUUGGCUUUAUAGGAAAAAUUGAAUUAUAAAAAGUGGUACGGGUUUUUAUAGAUAACCAUGACAACAUCCCAUAUGAAUGGGCAUGUUACUGAGGAAUCAGACAACGAAGUAAAAAAUGUUGAUCUUGCAUCACCAGAGGAACAUCAGAAGCACCGAGAGAUGGCUGUUGACUGCCCUGGAGAUUUGGGCACCAGGAUGAUGCCAGUACGUCGAAGUGCACAGUUGGAACGUAUUCGGCAACAACAGGAGGACAUGAGGCGUAGGCGAGAGGAAGAAGGGAAAAAACAGGAACUUGACCUUAAUUCUUCCAUGAGACUUAAGAAACUAGCCCAAAUUCCUCCAAAAACUGGAAUAGAUAACCCUAUAUUUGAUACAGAGGAAGGAAUUAUCUUAGAAAGUCCUCAUUAUGCUGUGAAAAUAUUAGAAGUGGAAGACCUGUUUUCUUCACUUAAACAUAUCCAACAUACUUUGGUAGAUUCUCAGAGCCAGGAGGAUAUUUCACUGCUUUUACAACUUGUACAAAAUAAAGAUUUCCAGAAUGCAUUUAAGAUACACAAUGCUGUCACAGUACACAUGAACAAGGCCAGUCCUCCAUUUCCUCUUAUCUCCAAUGCUCAAGAUCUUGCACAAGAGGUACAAACUGUUUUGAAGCCAGUCCACCAGAAGGAAGGACAAGAAUUAACUGCUUUGCUGAAUGCUCCACAUAUUCAGGCACUUUUACUGGCCCAUGAUAAGGUUGCUGAGCGGGAAAUGCAGCUAGAGCCCAUUACAGAUGAGAGAGUUUAUGAAAGCAUUGGCCAAUAUGGAGGAGAAACUGUAAAAAUAGUUCGUAUAGAAAAGGCUCGAGAUAUUCCAUUGGGUGCUACAGUUCGUAAUGAAAUGGAUUCUGUCAUCAUUAGUCGGAUAGUAAAAGGAGGUGCUGCAGAAAAAAGUGGUCUGUUACAUGAAGGGGAUGAAGUUCUGGAGAUCAAUGGCAUUGAAAUUCGGGGGAAAGAUGUCAAUGAGGUUUUUGACUUGUUGUCUGAUAUGCAUGGUACUUUGACAUUUGUUCUGAUUCCCAGUCAACAGAUCAAGCCUCCUCCUGCUAAGGAAACAGUAAUCCAUGUAAAGGCUCAUUUUGACUAUGACCCCUCAGAUGACCCUUAUGUUCCAUGUCGAGAGUUAGGUCUGUCUUUUCAAAAAGGGGAUAUACUUCAUGUAAUCAGUCAAGAAGAUCCAAAUUGGUGGCAGGCCUACAGGGAAGGGGAUGAAGAUAAUCAGCCUCUAGCUGGGCUUGUUCCAGGGAAAAGCUUUCAGCAGCAAAGGGAAGCCAUGAAGCAAACCAUAGAAGAAGAUAAGGAGCCAGAAAAAUCAGGAAAACUAUGGUGUGCAAAGAAGAAUAAAAAGAAGAGGAAAAAGGUUUUAUAUAAUGCCAAUAAAAAUGAUGAUUAUGACAAUGAAGAGAUCUUAACUUAUGAGGAAAUGUCACUUUAUCAUCAGCCAGCAAAUAGGAAAAGACCUAUCAUUUUGAUUGGUCCACAGAACUGUGGCCAGAAUGAAUUGCGUCAGAGACUCAUGAACAAAGAGAAAGACCGCUUUGCAUCUGCAGUUCCUCAUACAACUCGGAGUCGGCGAGACCAUGAAGUAGCCGGUAGAGAUUACCACUUUGUUUCACGGCAGGCAUUUGAGGCAGAUGUAGCAGCUGGGAAGUUCAUUGAGCAUGGUGAAUUUGAGAAAAAUUUAUAUGGAACCAGCAUAGAUUCUGUACGGCAAGUGAUCAACUCGGGCAAAAUAUGUCUUUUAAGUCUUCGUACACAGUCAUUGAAGACUCUCCGGAACUCAGACUUGAAACCAUAUAUUAUCUUCAUUGCACCCCCUUCACAAGAAAGACUUAGGGCAUUAUUGGCCAAGGAGGGCAAGAAUCCAAAGCCUGAAGAACUGAGAGAAAUCAUUGAGAAGACUAGAGAGAUGGAGCAGAACAAUGGCCACUACUUUGACACAGCAAUUGUGAACUCGGAUCUUGAUAAAGCCUAUCAAGAAUUGCUUAGGUUGAUUAACAAACUUGAUACUGAACCUCAGUGGGUGCCAUCCACUUGGCUGAGGUGAAGGAAGCAUCCAUUCUGUGGCAUGAUUGGACUUGAUCUGGCAAACUGCCAAUAGGAAGAUAGCCCUGAUACUUGAGCAAGUCUCUGAGAAGGUGGCAGGCAGUAUAAAUUGUAGACCUGUUCUUAGAUCUUGAACUAGUGAGAAGAAAAUCCCCUUAGGCAAUUCAUUAACAGCAUUCUUUAUUCUCUGUACAUGGCUUUAGAAGUUCUUGCCUCAUUUAGGGAUUUUAAAUGGAAGUUUUCAACAGAGCAGUUCCAUUUUAUCCACAUAAAAACCUUUUAAUUCUGUUUUCACCUAACCAAAUCUUUUCUGCCUAGUCAUAUUUCCAUGAAAAACUUUUGUGUGUAUACACAAAGGUCCAUGUCUCACAUAGUAAUAAAUAUUGAUGUUAUUUAACAGUUAAGUGACUUCAUGGGAAUUUGUGGGUGAAGGGAAACUGCUUCUGUGCACUGGGCAAGACAACAGUAUUUGAUUAGUCACCAGAACUACUUUAAAAAAAAUGGUGCCACUUUGGUCUGGAGCUACUCUGUUAGGCUUGAAUUCAUUUGUAUGUCUUUUAAUCCAUAAAAACAUUCCGUUAGAAGCACCAAUUUUUUAGCUCAAACUUGUGGAUCAGACUUCACUGCACACGUGAAAGGUUUAUGCAAAGGUCACACCUGUUUUAGACUCUGAUCUAAAACAUAUACAAUAUAUGCUGAUCUUUUUAAAGGUAUAAUGAUUUUCUGAAUUUUUUUCUUUAAUCGUUGCAACUGAUGAUUGGGUAACUUUUACUUCCUUUUCCUCAUCUGCAUAGUACAAUAGAAUGUAUAAGUUACAUUUUUAUGAAUGGCAGAUAUUCAUAUAAACUGUGUUGACUGUUAAGUUUCUUCCUCAUGAUGCAAAUAGUUUUUUACAUGCAUAAAAGGACAUAGCACAUUUGACAGUUUUUUCAUUUUUAUAUAUGAGCACAGUAUAAUUUGAUGGCUGUGCUAUACAUGUAGGUAAUAAACUGGAAUUCUGUGAUCAAUAUAGUUGCUGUACUGUAUACUAAUAUUUAAUAGAUUGACAAAUGGUCAUUGAUUACACUUGUUCAGCAGUGAAAUAAAAUUAUAUGAGGGAAAUGAUAUGACAAUUGACUUUGAGAUCAGAAGGAAAAGAUGACCUGAAAGUCAUUUGAACAUUUUAGGAAAAGAACGUUGCAGGGGAAAAGUUAAGCAUAUAGAAAUAGGUUUUUAUCCUGAUAAGGUCUGCCUCUUAUGAUCAGAAUGCAACAAGCUAAAUUAUAAAACAUUUAAGCUAAUGAAACUUUCAUACUGUCUAUAGCUUGUAGCUUUAAAAUUCAACUUCUGUAAUUGGCAUGGAAAGUUAAUUUGUAGUUUUCAAGGCUUAAGGGAUGGUGUGAUGUGUGACAAACAACCUCAAAUGUGAAUGUCUUGAUUUUAUUUAUAUGGUGACUUUAGCUACAAUUCCUGUUCCCAAAGCUAAACACUGGAAUAAUACUGAAUUGUCACUUAAUUUAACAUAAACAACUGUUUUUAAUGAGUAGUUUGUCUCAGUGUCAUGUACAUACUUGAGUUCAUAAUAUUAUUUGAACAAAU